AUGGUCCCCAGAGCAACUCUAAGCACUUUCACCCACCCAGCGGCUCUCACAGCCACAGCGAGACUAGCACUGAGGAGCUCCAACUUUUUCCGCCCAUUAACCUGCACCGCAAACCGUGCCAACCAAAACGAUGACCCUUCAAAGGACCCGAUCUUAUCGGCCACAAACAAAGCCCCCAGCGGUGCUUCUGGCGAUCAUGAAGGCCAAUUCGCCCGAACCGACGAGAGUGUGCAGAUCGAGUAUCCGCCUGACAGUGAAAUGCCCGCUCAACCAGUCGUCCAGGGCCGUGGCGGGAUGCAUUUCAAGCGCACUCUGGCGUCUUUCUCGCUCGAAAACAGAGUCUCUAUGGUGACUGGCGGUGCACGUGGACUAGGAUUGGUCAUGGCGCAGGGACUGGUUGCUUCGGGUUCGGAUUUGGCUAUUGUUGAUUUGAACAGUGGGUCUUCUCAAGCUUUCUACAUGAAGUCGAUGUCCUUGGAAGCUCGACUGCCAAUACUAAUACUUGCAUUUAAGAGGCCGAAGCAGAAGAACAAGCGCAAAAGCUCAUCGAUCAAUUCCACAAAGAGAACCCCGGUCUUGAUCACUCAUUACGCCGACGUAUCCAACCCGGACUCGGUAAACACAGCCCUCGCCGAAGUCCUCGCGAAACACAACCAAAUCGACAACCUCGUCACAUCCGCCGGAUUCACGGAGAACUUUGAAGCGAUAAACUACCCUUUUGACCGCAUGCAAAAGCUCUGGGGCGUCAAUGUCGACGGGACAUACCUUUUCGCCACAGGCGUGGCCAAGCAUCUGAUGGAGCGCAACGCACCCGGAAGCAUCGUCAUGAUCGGAUCCAUGUCUGGGUCAAUCGUCAAUGUCCCUCAGCCCCAGGCGCCGUAUAAUGCGGCGAAGGCGGCUGUGAGGCAUCUUGCUGCUUCGUUGGCGGUUGAGUGGGCGGGUCAUGAUAUUCGGGUGAACUGCAUUUCGCCUGGUUAUAUGCUGACUGCUUUAACACGGAAGAUCCUCGACGAAAAUCCCCAACUUCGCGAUAAAUGGACUUCUUUAAUCCCUGUCGGCAAAAUGGGGACCCCGGAAGAUUUGAUGGGGGCUGUCACCUUUCUUCUGAGUGAUGCCUCGAAAUACAUCACCGGCGCCGAUCUCCGCGUGGAGGCGGAUAUACCUUGA